CUCAGCCUCCCAAAGUGCUGGGAUUACAGGUGUAAGUCACUGCACUCAGCCUAUUUUUUAAAAUUAAAGUUCCUUAGCUCGUAUGGUACCUUGACUACUUUUGAAAAUGAAAAAUAGGAAAGAAAUUUGGUGGUAAUAUUAGACAAUUUAAAUAAUUAGCCUGAUGGCAUCAAAAUUCAAAUAUAUUUUUAAUUACUUAACGUUUUAUAGUUGAUUUAAGUUAUCUUAUACUUGUAGAGCCAUUCUUGGUUAUUGUUUCCUAGUUUCGUAAAGGUGUCGUAUUUCAGUUGCCUUUAUUAUUAUAUGUAAUAGCAACGAAUUGCAUCAAAUUAUUGGUUUAAAGAUUUUGACCUUGAGUAUUAAUAGACUUACAAAAUCUAUGUGUAGUUGUUCACAAUGAGUUGUAGGAUCUUAUCUGUGUUUUGUUUUCUCUUAAAGCUGAUUUUGAAUUAAUGAAUAAACUCACUAAAGGUCUUUUGAUUCCCCCUUGCAUCACAGUCACUAUUCUGAUUUUCUGAAGAGAAGCAUGUCCUAACUACUAAAUGACUUAUAGGGGAAGUUUUAGAGAAAAAGCAAAAGGUUGAUAUCAAGUUCACAUUCUCUUGACUUUAGUCAAUGAGAUUAGGCUUCAAAACCUUUUAAGAGAUCUUUCUCAUAUUAGUGCUCCAUUGUUACUUUGGGAUAGCAUGAAAUUUGGAGGUUUCAAUAAAACAUUUAACAUGAAAGUGCUUUACUUUUGCUAGAGUAAAACUUUCCAGAAUCUAUUCCUGAGAUGUGUUUUAGCAUGUUAUGGAAAUGAGAGCAGUUAUGUGAAAAGUUAUUACAUUCAAGCAUCAAGGAACCAAAAACAAUAACACUCCCCAUAUUUAUGAUGAAUUCUAACUUUCAUCAGAUUUAUGAAUAAGACAAUUUAUAUAAAUGAAAUAUUGUUUGGUAUUAGACAUUUUAGUUUCUUAUCCUUUGUUAAAUACAAAAUUCCUAACUUUCUCUAAAAUCUUAUGAUGGAGUGCUUGUAAAGGUUAAAAGUUACUGAAACAGUGUGAAUUGCAAGCUAUAUAAGGGCAGGGGUGAUGUAUAUUAUUCUGUAUAUCAUUUUCCAUGAUAAAGUGUAGCUUCUAACCUACCGUAUUUGAAAGAUUUCUACUUUUAAGCAGAAAACAUUUUUAAACUGCAGUGUAAUAAAAUUGUUGAUGUUUUGUUACUAUCAUGUGUAUUAACUAAACCCGCAUUUAUAAAUUAUCCGUGAAAAAUAUCCGAAAGUCGAAACAACAGAAUUUAGAGUGACCCAGAAAGUGGCUAAACCGAAAAGAACCUCAGGAUCUUCCUUGCACUUACAUAAUCGGUCACAUGAUGUCGCUCUACACUCAAAAGGUGAAACAGGAAAAUUUUUUCUCCGCACCCACAUUCCAACCAUUCACGGAAUAGGAUCGACUCCAUAUUGACUGUUAUGCUGGAAAAAAUGUACUAAAUAUGUACUUACAGAAAAGGGUGACUGCUCAUGAAAUACCUCAGGCAAGCGAACCCUUAAAACUGACUGUCCCAACUCAGAGGCCCUCAUUUUCUGCAAUGGUGAUUAUCGGGCCAAGAGGCCCGGGAUCUCAGCGUCUGCUGCUCUCGCUUCUGCUCUUCGCAGCCUGGGAGGUGGGGAGCAGCCAGCUCCACUACUCCGUCUACGAGGAGUCCAAACACGGCACCUUUGUUGGCCGCAUUGCUCAGGACCUGGGGCUGGAGCUGGCGGAGCUGGUGCCGCGCCUGUUCCGGGUGGCGUCCAAAACACAUGGGGAACUUCUGGAGGUAAAUCUGCAGAAUGGCAUUUUGUUUGUGAAUUCUCGGAUCGACCGCGAGGAGCUGUGCGGGAGGAGCGCGGAGUGCAGCAUCCACCUGGAAGUGAUAGUGGACAGGCCGCUGCAGGUUUUCCAUGUGGACGUGGAGGUAAAGGACAUUAACGACAACCCGCCAGUGUUCAGAGAAAGGGAACAAAAGGUACCUGUUUCUGAAUCUGCGCCUCUGGACUCUCAUUUUCCUCUAGAGGGCGCUUCUGAUGCGGAUAUCGGCGUAAACUCUCUUUUGACCUAUGCGUUAAGUCUAAAUGAGCAUUUUGAGCUUAAAAUAAAAACAAAAAAAGAUAAAAGUGUAUUGCCUGAAUUAGUUCUUCGGAAGUUAUUGGACAGAGAACAAACGCCAAAACUCAGUUUCUUGCUGAUGGUAAUCGAUGGCGGUAAACCAGAACUAACAGGGUCUGUUCAGAUUCAAAUAACCGUCCUGGAUGUGAAUGACAAUGGUCCGGCGUUUGAUAAGCCCAGCUAUAGAGUGGUGUUGUCUGAAAAUGUCCAAAACGGCACAAGAGUGAUCCAACUAAACGCUUCCGAUCCAGACGAAGGACUUAAUGGAGAAAUUUCCUAUGGGAUGAAAAUGAUUUUGCCAGUGAGUGAGAAAUGUAUGUUUUCAAUAAAUCCAGACACAGGUGAAAUUAGAAUUUAUGGUGAAUUGGAUUUUGAAGAGAAUAAUGCCUAUGAAAUUCAGGUUAACGCCAUUGAUAAAGGGAUUCCUUCCAUGGCAGGUCACAGUAUGGUCCUGGUGGAAGUUCUGGACGUGAAUGACAAUGUCCCUGAAGUAAUGAUUACUUCACUGUCACUCCCUGUGCAAGAGGAUGCUCAGGUGGGUACCGUCAUUGCCCUGAUUAGCGUGUCGGAUCGUGACUCUGGAACCAAUGGACAGGUUAUCUGCUCACUGACAUCUCAUGUUCCCUUCAAGUUGGUGUCCACCUACAAGAAUUACUACUCAUUGGUGCUGGACAGCGCCCUGGACCGCGAGAGCGUGUCGGCCUAUGAGCUGGUGGUGACCGCGCGGGAUGGGGGCUCGCCUUCGCUGUGGGCCACGGCCAGCGUGUCCGUGGGUGUGGCCGACGUGAACGACAACGCGCCGGCGUUCGCGCAGCCCGAGUACACAGUGUUCGUGAAGGAGAACAACCCGCCGGGCUGCCACAUCUUCACGGUGUCUGCGCGGGACGCGGACGCGCAGGAGAACGCGCUGGUGUCCUAUUCGCUGGUGGAGCGGCGGGUGGGCGAGCGCGCGCUGUCGAGCUACGUGUCGGUGCACGCGGAGAGCGGCAAGGUGUACGCGCUACAGCCGCUGGACCAUGAGGAGCUGGAGCUGCUGCAGUUCCAGGUGAGCGCGCGCGACGCAGGCGUGCCGCCUCUGGGCAGCAACAUGACGCUGCAGGUGUUCGUGCUGGAUGAGAACGACAAUGCGCCGGCGCUGCUGGCGACUCGGGCUGGCAGCGCGGGCGGUGCAGUUAGCGAGCUGGUACCGCGGUCGGUGGGUGCGGGCCACGUGGUGGCGAAAGUGCGCGCAGUGGACGCUGACUCCGGCUAUAACGCUUGGCUGUCCUACGAAUUGCAACCGGCGGCGGGUGGCGCGCGCAUCCCGUUUCGCGUGGGGCUGUACACUGGCGAGAUCAGCACGACACGCAUCCUGGACGAGGCAGACACUCCGCGCCAUCGCCUGCUGGUGCUGGUGAAGGACCACGGUGAGCCCGCGCUGACGGCCACGGCCACGGUGCUGGUGUCGCUGGUGGAGAACGGUCAGGCACCAAAGGUGUCGUCGCGGGCCUCAGUGGGCGCUGUGGGUCCCGAAGCGGCUCUGGUGGACAUCAACGUGUACCUGAUCAUCGCCAUCUGUGCAGUGUCCAGCCUGCUGGUGCUCACACUGCUGCUGUACACUGCGCUGCGGUGCUCAGCGCCUCCCACCAUGAGCCAGUGCUCGCCAGGCAAGCCCACGCUGGUGUACUCCAGCGCCAUGGGGAGUUGGUCUUACUCGCAGCAGAGGAGGCAGAGGGUGUGCUCUGGAGAGGGCCCGCCCAAGACGGACCUCAUGGCUUUCAGUCCAAGCCUUCAGCUGUCUCGAGAAGAUUGUUUAAAUCCUCCCAGUGAAUCAAUGGCUGUUGUGUGAGGAGGUCUUGAAAAAUAUUACAGGAAAAGGACAGUCCCACAAAAACCUACGUGACUAUGCAGAACUACA